GAAUGUAUCCUUGGAACAUCUUUGCAUAACCCCAUCCAGAAAGAAGCUCUGUGAUGUGUGGAUUGUGAGUUUGUCCUAAGCAAGUUAGACUUCCCAAGAAACAGCUUGCUGUGAGGACUGGGAUGGAAGAGCUAACACCAGUGGAAGGUGACAGCCAGCUCUCAAGCCCCCACCAGGGCUCUCUGAGGAAGGCUGUGGCUGCUGCCUUGGCUCUGGAUGGGGAAUCCACAAUGGGUCGCAGGAAAAAGAAGAAGAAAGAGUCCCGCCCAGAGUCUAUCAUCAUCUACCGGUCAGAUAAUGAGAAAAUGGAUGAGGAGGCAGGAGAACUGGAUGGUGGAGAGCAACCUAAAGAGGAAGAAGGAGAUGAUUUCCUAGACUACCCCACAGAUGAUGGUAUGUGGAACAUGCCUUUGGACAGCCGCUAUGUCACAUUAACUGGAACUAUUACACGAGGGAAGAAAAAAGGUCAGAUGGUGGACAUCCAUGUCACAUUGACAGAGAAAGAGCUGCAGGAAUUGACCAAGCCUCAAGAAUCAUCAAUGGAAACAACACCUGAAGGAAGAAAAGUCUGCCAGAUAGGAGCAGAUCGUGGGCCACACGUGGUCCUUUGGACAGUGAUCUGCUUGCCUGUGGUUUUUGUCCUCUCUUUCAUUGUCUCUUUCUAUUAUGGUACCAUCACCUGGUAUAACAUCUUCCUUGUGUACAAUGAGGAGAGGACCUUCUGGCACAAGAUUUCAUAUUGCCCCUGCCUUGUUCUCUUCUAUCCAGUGCUCAUCAUGGCCAUGGCCUCUUCACUGGGACUCUAUGCUGCUGUAGUGCAGCUCUCUUGGUCCUGGGGAGCGUGGUGGCAGGCUGCUCGGGACAUGGAGAAAGGCUUCUGUGGCUGGCUCUGCAGCAAGCUGGGCCUGGAGGACUGCUCUCCCUACAGCAUUGUGGAGCUGCUGGAAUCUGACAAUAUUUCAGGAAAUCUCUCCAACAAGGAGCCUACACAAGAGGUAGAAACCUCCACUGUCUAA